CAGCAGUGAUCUGAUCUGGUGACUCUGUGCUUCAGGGGGAAGAGAGGCAAAAGGUGUUAUUUUUCUGUUGGAUCAAUUGCUAAAUUCAGUAGUAGAGAGGUUGAAGGAAUGUGAAGAUAGCACAAUUAUACCUUGAAUAAACCUGACUGCAGAUUUGGGAAUGUGUAAUGUGAGGCUGCACCCUUCCUUAGGAAAACAAGUGAAAAUAUGUAAGUUUGUAGGGAUUUAGGAUUUAAAAAAUACUAAUAAUUUUAUUUGCCUGUAUCUUACAUUAAGUAACUGAAAUCUGUAACUUGUAUUCCCAUGAGGAAAAACUGGUUCUCAGAAGUGCAAAGAACACAUGGUCCUCGCUUAAAUUACCUUGCAGCUGCUUCUGUCUGGAAACCUUUUCUACCUACUGCCCCCAAAAUAAUCCUGCUGUUGUGACAUUUCCUGCUUAUAGAGUAGAUGACUGUACUGCAUCUUUAUGGAUAUGCUUAGAGGUGUUAAAAUAAAAGUAUCGUCCCUUCAGUAUUACAUGUUGGUUUUAAUGUGCUUAAAGUAUGGAAAGAAUAGUUUGGAAACCACAAGCCUAGACUUAAGGGCUUCCACCUGAAUUCCAGUAAUGCCUGAUGAAGGGGAAGAACUGUUGGUAAAGAUCAAGGGAUCUGGUAGUUUUUAAAAUUCACGCUUCACAAACUCAAGGUUAGAAAAAAACCUGGUUAUUUAAUAGCAAACGCCAGUCUUGAUCUGCUUACCAGCAGUGUUUGAAUACAGGCAGGAUAAAGAAGGUUGUUUCUUCUUCUCUCUUCUGCAUGCCAUGACAGGAGCCUACUUUGGCAUUUAAGAAAAAUUUGAAAUUCACAAAGUGAAAGAGCAAAAAGUAGAGAAAGAAAAUGUAUCAAGAACAACAAAACUAGAUAGUAGAAACUCUGCAAUUUAAAUGAGUGGCCUUUGUGACCCUUCAAUGAGUGUCAGUAUAAUGGGGAGUAAAUUAAGUUUGGAGUGCUGCAGACUCCUGGUGCUUGAAACUUUGGGUAGGGAGGAUUUCCUGGGGGUUGUGGUGGGGAGGGUAACAACUUUGAAUUUUAGGGAUUACCAGUCCUAGUAAUAUCUGGAGCAGGCGAGGUGCAAUGAAUUCCUUUGAGGCCGGAAGUAAUAAAGAAGUGACAUAAUGCUGUAAAAUGUAUUAGAUUGAAGAUAAGGGCUUUGAGGAAGGAUGAUCUGGAAACAAAAUGUAGAUGUUUAAAAACUGGAAAAUGUUGUGAAGUCCAAAGGAGCUUGUUGAAAUUAAGCCAGCUGUUUCAUUUUCUGAUUUAGAUAUACAGUUGUCUUAAGUUUUUUUCUUCCUAAGUUUCUUCUCAGAUCCUAGGUGUCCAGUUUCCACAUCAGUCUUAACAUAAUAUACCAAAGAUUGUCCAAAUAAAUGUAUUGAAUAGGUGAGGACUUGGCUCAUUUCCUUAUGCAAAUACCAUUUCUCUACUGAUUUCUUGAAAGCUUAUUGACUUCUCAAAACUAAAGGAUAUGGGGUAUGUUUAUGGGCAAGAUCCUCCCUGCUGCUUCCCUCCCAUUGUGCAUUUCUUGUCCUUUUCAGUAUAUGGCAGCUUCUGUCUAGCCUGAAUCUGUCAGAGAGUUAUGUUUCUUGAACAGAAGUAUUUUUCCUCAAAUCAAGAACAGCCUUAGUUUUGGUUUUUAGCCCUUCUUCAAUCUUACUUUGUCUAACCCUUUUUAAAAGAGUUGAAGACUUCUUAUGGCUAAAUUAAUACAUUAGCUCAGAACUCAUCUCCAUGGAUUGUUUUCUUUUGAAGGUAGUAGUGGGUUUAGGUUAAAUUUGUUAUUUGUAAUUUAAAUUAGUUCUCAGUAUUUGCACUGCCCUUUGCAGGGUUAAUAUAUGAGGUGGCUAUAGUUCAGAACACCUCUUUAAACAUUUUUGCAGAGGAGAAUACGGCCUUGACCAACUUUGCAUUAUUUCUGUUGCUCUUGGUAUUGAAAAUCUGCUUUCUCCUGCAAGUCAUGUCCUGUUCCCCAGUAUUGUAUGGUAGGCAAUUGUAAAUAGCUAAACUUUGUUUUAAGUUGAAUGGAAGUGGUUUAAGCAUGAUUAAAUUUGGGGUUAGCAAAUGAAUUUCUGAAUGCUUAGUACAAAAUGCCCAUUAAGUUGAGUGUUCAUGUUUAAGAGAUGUUACAAAGAUACAAGUGAUUUUUGAGAAAAAUCUGUUACUCCGGUGUCGUUAGUGAGCAUUCUUGAUCAGAAUUGACACAAAAUUUAGAAUUGUUUAUUUUUAGGAAAAAAUAGAAUUCUGCUGCUUAAUUUUAAAUUUUCUCUGAUAUCUUGAAAUAGAUACCUUCUAGUGUGUUCAAACCAAGUGUUUUAAGCCAUGUGACUGAAGUUAAGCAUUAUACUGAUUAAAAAAAAUACAUAUAUAUAUAUGUGUAUAUUGAAAAUGGUAAUUAGGUUAUAUCAUUACCAAAGAAGAUUGCAAGUAAAUAAUAGAGUAGAUGGGGUAUUAUUCCAGAACAGAGUUUGAGUGUGUUGCACAGAACUGCAUUUUUGGUCGGUGGAAAAUUAUGAUUUGGGAGUGUGAAGUCUGCGUAUGUAAUCACACUUGUGCAGGAAGAGUAGGUUGAGUGUGCUCAUACACCUUCAAACUAGGCCUUCUAAACUGCAAGAAUGUCCCAAAAAGUAAAAUAAUUGUAAGUCAUUGAAACACCAACCAUGUUGUGCUUUCUGCAUUCAAAAAGCACAUCAGUUAGUCAUCUCUGGCUGCAGUAGGGACCUUACUUAAGUCACUUCUUGUUGAUUUUGUCAAAGUAUGUGGCUGACAGUGCAAAGUAUUUUGAGUUUCCUAAUGCUAGAAUUCAUUAGUAGAUAUUCAGUUGAUCCACUGUGCAUUUGCUAUUAAAUACAGGCAUAAAUAGCAAAUUCAGUUACUUAGUACUAAGUUAAACUGAAUUGACUGAAUCUGUUUAUAAAAUAGUAGGGCAUUUGGUAGAUUCAAUUCUUGAACUGCAUAUAUAGUAAAAGUCCACAAAACAUUUUUUUUCUAGUUUCAGUUUUGGCACUAGAUUUUAUCCUGGAGUUUUUAAAUAUUCUUCAUCCUGUUCUUUUUCUAUUAAGGUUAAUGUUGAAGAAGGAAAAUGCGGAAGUCGCCAUUUGACAAGUUUUAUAAAUGAGAAUUAUUUGAAGCUCAGGAAUAAGUGAAGCUGAAAUUUGAAAAAAAAGAAAGUGAAUGCAUGCUAAUUAUCAGACCAGAAGUCCCACUUGUAGAAUAUUGAGCAAUUUGUGUGAAGUGGGGAAGAUGAAAGAAGUCAGAAUUUGAAACGGAAGAAUGAAGAAAAGGAAUAAAAAUGAAGUUAAGAUAAGAAGUAAUCUGGAAUCUGAAAGCACUACGCUAAGAAUCCCGUUCUGCUUCCAGAAGCGGAAGUGCUCAUGGGUCUGGCAAGUCGGGGAGGCACACCCCUGCAAGAUCUCGAUCUAAGGAGGAUUCCAGGCGUUCCAGGUCAAAAUCUAGAUCCAGGUCUGAAUCCAGAUCUAGAUCAAGGAGGAGUUCCCGUAGACACUACACAAGAUCACGCUCUCGUUCCCGCUCUCAUAGGAGAUCCAGAAGUAGGUCUUACAGUCGGGAUUAUCGGCGACGACACAGUCACAGCCAUUCACCCAUGUCUACUCGCAGACGUCAUAUUGGAAACAGGGCAAAUCCUGACCCAAACUGUUGUCUUGGUGUGUUUGGAUUGAGUCUGUACACCACAGAAAGAGAUCUUAGAGAAGUUUUCUCCAAGUAUGGUCCAAUUGCCGAUGUUUCCAUUGUGUAUGAUCAGCAGUCUCGGCGUUCCAGAGGAUUUGCAUUUGUGUACUUCGAAAACGUUGAGGAUGCUAAGGAAGCAAAGGAACGUGCCAAUGGAAUGGAGCUGGAUGGAAGAAGGAUCCGGGUAGACUUCUCCAUAACAAAAAGACCUCACACACCUACACCGGGAAUCUAUAUGGGAAGACCCACUUAUGGCAGCUCACGACGACGAGAUUACUAUGACAGAGGGUAUGACAGAGGGUAUGAUGAUCGUGACUAUUACAGCAGGUCAUACAGAGGAGGUGGUGGCGGAGGAGGAGGAGGAUGGAGAGCUGUUCAAGACAGGGAUCAGUUUUACAGGAGGAGAUCACCAUCCCCCUAUUACAGCCGAGGGGGCUACAGAUCUCGAUCCAGAUCUCGAUCCUAUUCACCUCGUCGCUAUUAAAGCAUGACAUGUAGAGGAAUUUCUAGCUACAGCCUUUGAGUUGAAAUUGCAAGUUUGUGGACAAUAUUUUUAUUGUCUCUUCUGUUUAAACAAGUGAACAGUGCCUAGUGAAUAGGUGACUUUUACACCUUUUAUGAAGACUACUUCUGUGAUGUUAAAUGCUGUUUCAUUCUGCAUAUUUGUGUAGUUUGGUGCUUUGUUUCAAGUUGUGUUUUGAAAGGAGUAUGUUUUGCAUGUAUUUUUUUAGUCUCAAUUUUGACUCCUGAAAGGUUUCUAUUGUAAAGACAAACUGUUCAGUUAGUUUUUUCUACUGAUUCCAAGGUAUUCUGAAGAUCAAAACCUGUGUAAAAUGCUUUCAAAAAGUGAAAAAUAAAAUAAAAAGAAGUU